AUGCCUCCUGCUGACUCCUGGCUUUGCCGCGCUGGGAAGCUGCUGGUGGUACCCAUGGAUGGAAGCCACUGGUUCACCAUGCGAGCAGUUGUGGAGAAGCUCGUCCACAGAGGGCAUGAGCUGGUGAUAGUCAUGCCGGAGGUGAGCUGGCGCCUGGACGCAGCCUUCAACAUCACAGUAAAGACGUAUUCGACUUCUUACACGUUGGAGGACCUGGAUCGUGAGUUCAAGGUCUACACUGAUUCUCAAUGGAAAAUUCGGCACUCAAAUUUAUUUUCUCUAUUAAUGACCCCAAGCAACGGUGUUUUUGAAUACUUUUUUUCACAUUGUAGGAGUUUGUUCAAGGACAAGAAGUUAGUAGAGUUCAUAAAGGAGAGCUCUUUUGAUGCCGUGUUUACAGAUCCUUUUGAUCUCUGUGGCUUAAUUAUCGCCAAAUACUUUUCCCUGCCCUCUGUGAUCUUCUCUCGGGGGACGUUUUGUCAUCAUCUCGAAGAAGCCACUCUGAGCCCCAGUCCUCUUUCUUACGUGCCCAGAGGACUCUUUGGAUUCUCAGAUACCAUGACCUUCCUGGAGAGAGUAAGGAACCAAGUCUACCACUUGGAGGAGCAUUUGUUCUGCCCCUAUUUUUUCAAAGAUGUUUUAGAAAUGGCUUCAGAGAUUCUCCAAACACCAGUCACGGCCUACGACCUGUACAGCCACACGUCAGUGUGGUUGUUACGCUCUGACUUUGUUUUGGACUAUCCCAAACCUGUGAUGCCCAACAUGAUCUUCAUCGGAGGCAUCAACUGUCACCAGACAAAGCCAUUGUCUAAGGUAAGUCACCCCUCCUUCAGCUCAUGA